CGACUAGUUUUCGCCAAGACCUCGAUCACGACACAAUGAUGGACACCCUGCUGGCUGGCUGGGCUCAAACCGGUGACUAUUUACAGGAACUGUGGCUCACACUUCUCAAUGUUGUGGGCGAUGAUCCGUGGCGCCUUUGGGUGCCGGGCAGCACGGUGGUCAUAUUCUCGGUCUACUGGCUGUACGCGGGCUUAUUCACGCUGAUGGAUAUUACCAAUCGACCGAGAUUCCUGCGCAAGUACAAGAUUCAGCCGGGCCAGAAUGAGCCAGUGGAUCUGGGGCGACUCUGGAGCGCCGUAAAGGUGGUGCUCUUUAACCUGACGGUGGUGAAUAUGCUUACCUCCUGGGUGUUCUUCGAGCUGGUCUUCAAGUCGGAGAACAGCGGCGAUAUCCGGGUGCUGCCCACGUUCCGGCGUGCCCUCCGGGAUGUGGCCAUUUUUGUGGUGCUGGAGGAGGUCAUGUUCUACUAUGCCCAUCGGUUGUUACACCACCGAUCAGUGUAUAAAUAUGUCCACAAGAAGCAUCACGAGUGGACCGCUCCCAUAGCUGCCAUCACCCUGUAUGCCCAUCCCAUUGAGCACAUUAUGGCCAAUCUGCUGCCAGUGGCCACAUCCCUUGCCCUCCUGGGCACCCAUGUGGCCCUCGCCUAUGUGAUCUUCGGCCUGGCCGUUGUCAACUCAAUGAGCGACCACACCGGCUACAGUUUUCCCUGGUCGGCAAACUCGGUGCGCUUCCACGACUACCAUCAUGCCAAGUUCAACUACAACUACGGUGUGCUGGGUCUCUUGGACAAGCUGCAUGGAACUUACCGCGCCACUCCCGAGGUCAAGGUUCCUGCUCAAAGGAUUAAAGGCAAGCCUGGCAAAAGGAAAGCUAAAUAGUGGCCUCUGGAAUGGCUUAACUUGAUAUAUACAUAUUUUUUUUAUUGUUUAACAAUGUACAUAGAUAUAUGUUGUAAAGAAAACAUUUAAAUAUAUAAACAUACAUAUAUGGGCAA